UAUUGUCUAGACCAAUACAUUUAAUUAAAAGUCUCUCAUAUAUAAAACAUAAUAAUUUCUUAACACUCCUUUUAUAAUUUAUUUUUAAACAAUUAUUAAAUACAAAAGUGAAGAAAAAUGUAAAUGAAACCACAAAUCAUAUGUCGAUUUCAAUGCAUUCUCUUUCCAUUUUUUAUUUAUUAUAAAUAAUAAUUUAAAUUUAAAUUUAAAUUCAAAUUCAGUUAAAGGACUUUUUAGUUUAUUUUAGUGCUUCUUUCUUUCUUCUCUCAAAUGAAGGGUCGGAGCUCCGGGAGGAUCUCCGCCAAAUGGAUUCCAUUGGUUUUUAUGUCUUCCUUCUUCAUAGGCGUUCUCAUCACUAUUAGUUCUUCUAGAAUGUGGACGCCACCUGAGUCCAACAAUCAACUCAUCUCGACUCAUCGCCAUGAGCAAGAGCUUCAAGUCAUCGCCGAGGAUUGUGCAACCAAGAAGAAGCCUGUACAAGAAAAAGAUGUGAUGAAUGAAAUUUACAAGACCCAUAAAUCAAUUCAAUCUCUAGACAAGCAAAUGGCAAUGAUUCAGAUGGAAUUGGCUGCCACUCGGAGUAAUAUGGAGAUGGGUUUGUCUGAGGGUUCUAAUACCAAACCUACAUUGUCUCAUGAAGAAACUCCGAGGAAGAAAAUGUUUAUAGUAAUUGGAAUCAAUACUGCUUUUAGCAGUAGGAAGCGUCGUGAUUCAGUUAGAGAGACAUGGAUGCCUCAAGGGGAAAAACUUCUGCAAUUAGAGCACGAAAAGGGUAUUGUUAUUCGCUUCACAAUUGGCCACAGUGCAACAUCCAAUAGCAUUUUAGACAGAGCCAUUGAUUCAGAAGAUGCUCAACAUAAAGAUUUUCUUAGACUGGAACAUGUUGAAGGAUAUCAUGAAUUAUCUGCCAAGACAAAAAUUUACUUCUCUACUGCAGUUGCAAAAUGGGACGCUGAUUUCUAUGUUAAGGUCGAUGAUGAUGUUCACAUCAAUUUAGGUAUGCUAGCUACUACUCUAGCCCGACACCGGUCAAAGCCAAGAGUCUACAUUGGUUGUAUGAAGUCUGGACCUGUUCUUUCUCAAAAAAGUGUAAAAUACCAUGAACCAGAAUACUGGAAAUUUGGAGAAGAAGGGAACAAAUACUUUCGACAUGCUACCGGGCAGAUCUAUGCAAUCUCCAAAGAUCUAGCUACAUAUAUUUCCAUCAACCAACCUAUAUUGCAUAAGUACGCCAAUGAAGAUGUAUCGCUUGGUGCAUGGUUCAUUGGUCUUGAAGCUGAGCACAUCGAUGACCGUAAUAUGUGUUGUGGUACUCCACCAGAUUGUGAGUGGAAGGCACAGGCAGGCAAUGUCUGUGUUGCAUCAUUUGAUUGGAGCUGUAGUGGGAUCUGCAAAUCCGUGGAGAAAAUUAAAUAUGUUCAUGAUAAGUGUGGUGAAGGGGAUGGAGCUGUCUGGAGUUCCUUGUUUUGAAAUCCAUUUAUAUUCCAUGUCUAUAUUAGCCAAACAUGCCUAAGCAUGUUUCAUUGUAGACAUAGAAGACAGUUUUAAAAGUUCAAGUUGAGAAGGCAUUUACAGAGUGAUACACGUUGAAAAAAUACGCGCUCUUUCAAUGUUUUGUUGAAAAGAGUAGUUGGAGUCAUGUGAUUGUAGAUGUUCGGGUUACAAUCUGCGAAGAAGCUGCGAUCUGAAUAUGUCUGCAAUGGGGAAGGUGUGAUCUUGGCGAAGAUUUUGCUGUUUAACAUUACUUCCAACAGUAUAGGAUGUGUCGAGAUACGAGGGAGGUAUUUAUUUUGCUCACUUUAUUUUUGUACUAGCUUCUUCCUUGUAUUUUAUGCAUAAAAAAUUAGAAUGUAAUUAUAUGGGGUGUUGCAUUCCAGAUAUUGUUGUUUGCUUAAGGUGGGAUAAUUGUGUAUAGUGAAGGGAGAGAGCAUUUUUUUCAAUUGAAAAUACAAUCAACACAUAAUGACUUAUCUUGUACGUUAGAUUAAUUCAUAAUGUUGUUUCUUUAUCAUA